AAUCUCAAUUCCGCCGUUGUCAGGAUCAGAAUUGUUUUCAUCACUUUCUGGUCUUAAUAAAGACUUAUGGCUUCAUCAAGUGGGCCACCGUCAUGAAUACUAAUCAAGUCCUCGGGCACUUAACCAGUGUCGUACCGUUUUCUCCCCCACAUGGGCCAAUAAAAAGCCCUCAACUUAACCAAAUCCAAGCCAACAAAUUGAUCAACUAAUUCAAGUCGCGUUUUUGCCCCCACGACGACCCGCCACUGGUUUUCCCCCCUAUAUAAGACCUCCUGACACCUGGGAAUUAUUUUCAGUGAUGUGGAAACGGCUUUAUUUUGCGAUUGUGGUGGUGUGCCUCCCUGUCCUGUCAAAAAUCUCUCCCGAUCAUGUGAUCGAUAAAGUCCUGGAUAAGUUGGGACUCACCCUGGAUUAUAUCUCGCAACAGUAUGAAAUAAUCAACGUUGAUUGUUUGUUUGGGGUGGUUUUGGCCGGCGCGAUUAUUGAUGAUACCGUUAUGCAACCAGGGCCGUAUCGAGCCCAACUCAAACAACUCAAAAAUAUGACGGGGGAAAUUUUUGCCAAAACGGCCCCACUAAUGCAGGAGCAACCCAGCUGGAACUAUUACUUGCAACCUUCGAAAAUGAAAUUAAAAUUUGACCAAGUUGCCAGACAUGUGGUAGUACCGGAAUUGUGGCCUAAACCAAUCAGAUACAAGUUUGCCGAAUUUCGAAUGGCUUAUGCGCGGGAAAGUCGCGUCAAAACCCUUUUCUCCAAAAGGACUUACGAAAAUUACACUGAAGGCUUCUCAGAUCAGUGCUUAUCACUCAUUGUCAACAGCACUCUAGAUAUCAAGGGCAAAAAAUGCCGUUUGAGUCCCAAAUGUCAACUAUUUGUGGAAAAUCUCGAAAAAGGCGCUGGUUAUAUUCUGACACACAAGUUGUUACUCCUGCAAGUGGCGAGAGUGAGACAGUGCAAAAUGUCCCCCAAAAGCCUGGCCACUGCGAUCAAAAAAGUCUGCGCUGAAAUCUACACUGAAACGAUAAGUGCUGAAUAUUUCGUCGGUUUGGAGGAAAUUUUUGACUUGUUCCUCGAGCAAAGCCUCCUGUGCGGCUACGAAGGCUACGCCGACUUUCUCAAGUUUGAAUGGUUGGAAAAAAUCCUGCAAGUCCAACACGAUUCUGGUUGUUUUCCUGUUAGAGUCCAAAAUCGGAGGAGAAAAAGGGAAACUAAUGAGUUUGAAGACGGCUGUGCUGACCACACCACUGGACUUGGGGCCGCAGUUCUCAGUUUAUAUCUCAACUAUUUAAUAAAAAAUGCCGAUAAUGUAGUGCUCGCUUCUGAAUGGUUUUAAUUAUGUUUAUUCACCCACUUGAAUAAAUCAUCAAAUUGC